AUGGCCUGGCCAAUUAUUAUAGGUAGGGAUUUACUUCCGUCGUUUAAUAUUUACCUUACGUACCUUAAGAAUUCCACCCCUUUCAUGAAGUCACCUCGAAAUGAAAUUAUAUUACCAAACCAGGAUGCGUUAAGCGUAGCAGCCACUGAACUUUCUAAUAUUGAUGUUUAUGAAACAGAGCUCGAACUUGACAUUGGUCCCUCAUUACGUUCAAAGGACGCUGCUCUUGUCUUAUCAAUUGUAAAAGAAAAUUACCUGAACGAUUCUAUUCAGCGCACUAAGCUGAUAGAUUAUAAAAUGAAGAUUAACCUCACUCACCAAACUUCCAUGGCUCAUGUCGACGCCUUGAGCCGAACCGAAGCCAUCGGUGCUAUCAGUGAGUUAGAUCUGGAUUUCCAACUACAGAUUGCACAAUCUCGAGACCCUUCUAUUGAAUCCCUGAAGCGUAGACUUGAAACUGGUUCCGUUGAAGGAUUUAUCUUACAAGACGGUUUAUUCCUUGAAUCUCACAAUAUUUCUCAUAUAUUAAACGCUACAGCUUCUCCUCAAGCUAAUGGUCAGGUCGAACGUGUUAAUCGCUUACGCGAAUUCCUUGAGUCUAAGAUAGAAGAUGGAGGAAAGGAUAUCAGUCAUCUCCGUUCCGAGGCACAAACAAAUAUUAGAGCGUCACAAGACAGAAAUGAACGAUACGUUGCAGGAAAGACUAGACCAGCCCCUAAUUUUAAGGAAGGAGAGUUAGUUGCCAUUCGAUAUACAGACACGGCUAAUGUUAGCAAAAAGCUUAACAAAAGGUUCCGCGGCCCUUACGUAAUUCAUAAAGUUCUUCCCCACGACAGGUACGUUGUUAGGGAUGUCGAAGGAUGUCAGAAUACGCAGAUGGCAUAUGAUGGCGUUUUAGAAGCGGACAAGUUGAGGAAAUGGGCUAUCAGUGCUGAAACAUAGGAGAACUUCUGUAGUAGUCAGAAUUGAGGUCAAUUCUAGGUCAGGACAGCCGAGCUGUAAUGUCCUGUAGGAUCAUGACCGGUCGUAUAUCAUUGUUCUGAUCGCUAAACGUCAAAAUGUAAAUCCGUUAAUUGGGCAUGACAGCUUGCUGCGCAACUGUCAUGCAGAAAUACAUUCUUUAUUCGAUCGUCGUUGAGAGAACAUCUUCCGCCUUCCGUUCUUCCGUUCUUCCGUUCUUCCGUUCUUCCGUUCU